AUGAAGACUUUUGGAGCUCUCUUAUUCGCAGUCAUCUCUCGCGCCACGGCGCUGAGCAUCGCCGAGAUAAACGGCAACCGCUUUAUCUCGCCGUACAACGGCCAGAUAGUCAGCGACGUUGAGGGACUUGUUACCGCCGUGAGCAGCUCUGGAAUCUACCUUAGAUCGAUCCGCCCAGACAAGGAUGCAGCAACGUCUGAGAGCUUGUUCGUCUACGGCAGCAGCGCAGCGAAGAAGGUGGCCGUGGGAGAUAUUGUGACUCUAGGCGGCAAGGUCUCGGAGUAUCGAUCGAGCGUCGACUACCUUUACCUUACCGAGCUCACCUCUCCCCAAAAUAUUACCAUUGUUUCCUCUGGUAACAAGGUCAAGCCCCUUACCAUCGGGAAGGACACCUCGCCCCCGCCGACUCAACGCUUCUCCAGCCUAGACAAGGGCGGCCUCUUUGGUGUGCCUAAUAAUGUGUCUCUAAUUUCCGUCGCAAACCCUAAGCUCAACCCCAAAAAGUACGGAAUGGACUUUUGGGAAAGCAUUAUGGGAGAGCUGGUCACCAUUAAGGGUGCCUAUGGAAUCAGCCGCCCGAACCAAUACGGGGAUGUCUGGGUCCGGGGAGACUGGAAAGUCACCGGUAAAAACAAGCAUGGGGGCUUAACUAUGUCCGACGGUGACGCCAAUCCCGAAAGCAUUGUCAUCGGCACUCCCCUCGAUGGCAGCAAGAACCCCACGGAUACGAAGAUGGGCGACUACUACGGCGACAUCACAGGCGUCGUCUCCUACGCCUUCGGUUUCUAUCGCGUUCUCCCUCUUGCACACAUCUCCUCGCAGCGUAACUCCUCCGCUGAACACGGUGCUGUGAGUUUCACUAGCAAGGGUUCUUGCAAGGGUAUCACCAUCGCCGACUACAAUGCGGAGAAUCUCGCCCCGACAAGUAGCCAUUUCCCCUUAGUUGUCGACCAGAUCAUCAACAAGUUGCGCAUCCCGGAUUUGCUAUUCCUCCAGGAGGUUCAGGAUAACUCUGGCUCUAAAGACGACGGCGUCGUCAGCGCCAACAUCACACUCGCCACCCUGACCGACAAGAUUUUCGAGGCUAGCGGCGUCCAAUACGACUUUGUCGAGGUUGCCCCUGAAGAUGGCAAGGACGGCGGCCAGCCCGGUGGCAACAUUCGCUGCGCCUACCUCUACCGUCCCGACGUCGUGGAGUUGUACAAGCCUAACCAGGGAGGCAGCCUCGACGCCAACGAGGUCCUGGCCGGGCCAUCCCUCAAGUACAAUCCUGGUCGCAUCGACCCCACCAACACGGCAUGGGAGGAUAGCCGUAAGCCCCUGGUUGCUAUGUGGCGGGCUGUCAAGGGCGCUAAGAAGCCCUUCUUCACUGUAAAUGUGCACUUCACUAGCAAGGGUGGAUCUACCAGUCUACAUGGCGAUGCACGACCUCCAGUUAAUUUGGGGGUUGUCCAGAGAACGGCUCAGGCGGAGGCCACUGCUAACUUUAUUGCCCAGAUCCUAAAGAAGGAUAAAAAGGCCUACGUCAUCGCGGCCGGAGACUUCAACGAGUUUGUCCAGGUGCAACCCCUCCAGGUCUUCCAUGAUAAGUCCGGCUUGACAGAUCUCGAUGAAGUCGCCAGGAUCUCCACCAAUGAGCGUUACACGUACCUCUAUGACAUGAACAGCGAGGCUCUGGAUCACAUGUAUGUGAGCAACGCCGUCGGUUGUGGAGGAGUCAAAUACGAGCACUUGCAUCUCAAUACCUGGCAGAACUAUGACGACCAGGUGAGCGACCAUGACCCCAGCGUCGCGAGGUUCUCCCUUUGCUAG